CGGGACAGGGUUGUUCGGGUGAAACGUGAGAGCUUGUCAGUGUUUUGCAAUUGUUAUACACCUUGCAGGCAUACAAGGAUGUCGACUGCUGCGGAGCAGCCAAAGCAUUGCCCUGACUGUGGAGAGCUAUGUGGUUUUGGGGAUGUCCCGAGGAACCACGCAUGCCAAAUGAUCUGUCUGACUCCAAGACGGAAGUCCGAAGGGGCCCUGAUGGCUCUUCCUGCACAGAUCCAGAGUUCUUCCUCCCUGAGGAACACUGAGCUCAGCCAGCCCUUACAUCUGGAGCUCCUGGAUGCACUGAGCCUGGCUCCUUCAGCCACCUCUCCUCUUGCUCAGCUGCUUGUCCACCAGUGCACGCCCUCUCUCCUGUCCUCCUCUGCCUCUCCGUCACACUCUCCGUUCUCCAGGCCUGACCGCGCACUAGCCCAGAUGAGCACACCAUGGCUGGCCAGGUUAGCCAUGGAGGCUGGGUUCCAGCAGCUUAGCUUGGGGGUUCAGGACCAUGUGUCCAUGCGGCUGGGGUCCUUGCAGGACGAGGUGAAGAUGAGGAGUGCGGAGAUGCACAGGGCUCGGCGGGAAAGUGAGAGAAUGGAGAAGGAAAAGCAGGACACCGAGGAGAAGGUAGCCGAGCUGGAGCACCAGGUGGAGGUUUCUGUGGAGAUGCUAGCCAGCCUGAGGCAGGAGCUGAUGGAGCGGGAAGAGGAGCUCAACCUCAAACAACAAGAGGUUUGUGAUUUGGACAGGUUUGUCCAAGAGACCGCUCUGAAGGAAGCGAACGCUAAGAUUCGCCUGCAGAGCUUCAUCGAGAAUCUGUUGGAGAGAGCAGAGAGAGCAGAGCGACAGCUGCAGGAGCUGCAGGAGCUGCACACACCAUCACACACACACACAUACACUGACACAUCCUUCACGUCACCCGACGGAUCCUUCAGAGCUGCCCGAGGAGCGUUACACCGGGAAGUCCGGUUCACAGGUAAGAAUAGCAUGCCGGGCGUCCAUGCAUCUUUCCGGGUAAAUUGUGUGUGUGUGUGUGUGUGUGUGUGUGUGUGUAUUACAUUGUUGUGUUUGAAUGCCCUGAUCAGGUCGGGGGUGUGUGAGGUGCUUUGUGAGGCACAGUGUUACCAGAGGAACCCUUCAGACAUGGAGGCUGAUUCAGACAGCUGGUCUGUCUAUAGCACAGAGUCACAGCAGCACUAUAGAACAUACAACAGGAUAGAUAACUCUGCCUUCCACUGCCACACCCUCAGUCAUGGCAACGGGCCUGACCGAUCAGUAAUGUGUUCAAAGCGAAUGAAGAGGAGGGCGUGGCUUUUCUGCGUCUUUCCGUACCUGGACACGCGCUCGCUCCUCAUUGCUGCAGAGGUGUGUAAGGACUGGUGGAUUGUUGCCCGUCACCCUGCAGUGUGGACCAGAGUAACACUAGAAAAUGAUCGUAUUUCAUCAAAGUUUAUGGUGACUAUGGCUCAGUGGUGUACUCAGACACACACGCUCAUUCUACGUCACCUAAAACCUCGCUCUCGUGCCAAGAAAGAGAGUAAAGAAGAAUAUCUUAAAAGCACAAGAGGGUGUCUGGAGGAGGGGCUGGAGGCGGUGCUAAGAUCAGCAGGGCGGAGUCUUGUUUCUUUGACCAUCUCACAUUGCCCCAACAUUUUGACGGACAGGACACUGUGGCUUGUAAGCUGCCACUGCAGAGCUCUGCAAACACUUACUUACAGGAGCUCAUCAGAUCCCGUGGGUCAAGAGGUGAUCUGGGCUUUAGGGGCAGGAUGCAGAGACAUCACCAGCCUGAACAUUGCACCACUACAGCCAUGCCAGCAGCCCAGUCGCUUUAGUAACCGCUGCCUGCAGACGAUUGGCCGAUGUUGGCCUCACCUGCAUCAGGUGGGAGUGGGUGGAGCUGGCUGUGGUCUUCAGGGAUUAGCCUCUUUGGUGAGGAACUGCUCCAGUGUGUGUGUGUUGGAGUUGGACCACAUGAGUGAAAUGAGCCAGCAGGGGGCAGCAGAGCUGUGCAGGGAAGGACUACAGCAAUUACACACACUCAUCUUCAGAUACACACCUGUUACUGCCAAAGCCAUCCUGCACUUUCAUAGUGUGUGUUUGAGGCUGAAGUGUAUCAUCGUUCUCAUGAGUUCUGCAGAUUACUUUGAUGACCCUGAGAGUGAAGAAGCGAAGAGAAUUUUUAAUGAGAUGCUCAGCAGCCUGAAGGCUCUGAAGAAGAGACCUGGCUUGUCAGACAUCCUUCAGGUCAGAGUGGACCAGUGUGACAUUCUACCUGGCUCUUAAAGAAACCAAACACACACACACACACACACACAAACUUACUGCACAUUUUUAGACUUUAUUCUCCAUGCAUAGAUACACACCUACACCUGUAUACACACACACAAACACACUCAAUAUUACUGCACUUUCCC